GUGGUAUCCACCAAUGAAUUCUGCAAUUCACCGGUGAUAUCCACCAUGGUGUUCAAAACUCACCGGGUAUUAUUCACCAUAAUUUUUGAAUCACCUGGUGGCAUUCACCGUGGGAACUUCUUACUAUCUGGUGGCAUUCACCAUGGUAUUCUGUAACUCACCCAGAGAUAUCCAACCAUUCAAGAACUCACCUGGAGGCAUCAUAACUACCCGGCAGUAUCUCACAGAUUGCCUGUUUCACCAGGCUCUCCACACUGCCUUUAUUCAUCCUUCUGCUCUCCAGAAUCAUGGCGGCGCUCCCUCAUAGACACGGCCUCUCCACACUAUUUUUCUGCACCACCUUGCACCACCUUUCUCGCCUUCUCUUUUCUUUGAGAACUGCGAGCAUAAGUAAUCCGCACCCGCCCCAUAAAGCUGUAUUCCAUAAAGCUGUAUUCCAUAAAGCUGCAUUCCAUAAAGCUGUAUCCCAUAAACUGUAUCCCAUAAACCAGUAUCCUCAUAAACCUGUAUCCCAUAAACCUGAAUCCCAUAAAGCUGUAUUCCAUAAAGCUGUAUUCCAUAAACCAUAUCCUCAUAAACCUGUAUCCCAUAAACCUGUAUCCCAUAAACCAGUAUCCCAUAAACCUGAAUCCCAUAAACCUGUAUCCCAUAAACCUGUAUCCCAUAAACCUGUAUUCCAUAAAGCUGUAUCCCAUGAACCUGUAUCCCAUAAACCUGUAUCCCAUAAACCAGUAUCCCAUAAACCUGUAUCCCAUAAACCAGUAUUCCAUAAACCAGUAUCCUCAUAAAUCUGUAUUCCAUAAACCUGAAUCCCAUAAAGCUGUAUUCCAUAAGC